UGCAAACAUUAUCCAAAGCCUCUUCUGUUCUCUUUGGCUUUCUGUUCUUUGUUUCUUUCCUUCUUUCUUUUGUUCUUUCGCCAUGGUUUCUCCUGAUGCUGUUCGUACGGCGCUUGGAGUCUGUGGAAAUGUCAUCUCUUUCUUCUUGUUUCUCUCUCCUGUGCCGACGUUUAUCCAAAUAUGGAAGAAGAAAUCAGUGGGACAGUUCUCGCCGGUGCCAUAUCUAGCCACUUUGAUGAAUUGUCUAGUAUGGACAUUGUAUGGAUUACCAAUGGUGCACCCAAAUAGUAUGCUCGUCAUCACGAUCAACGGCAUCGGUAUCGUGAUCGAGCUCGUGUACAUAAUCCUCUUCUUGAUUUACACUAAUGAAAAAAAGAAGCGGCUACAAGUGCUAGCAGUGGUGUUGGGUGAGGUCAUCUUUGUGGCUCUCUUGACCAUCCUGGUUCUCACCACGGCUCAUACCUACACUCUUCGCUCUACCAUUGUUGGUUCCGUUUGCCUUGUCUUUAACAUCAUGAUGUAUGCUUCACCAUUGACUGUCAUGAAACUGGUGAUUAAGACAAAAAGCGUGGAGUAUAUGCCGUUUACUCUAUCCUUAGCUUCAUUUGGCAAUGGCGUUAUUUGGACAGCUUACGCUUGCAUCCAUUUUGACCCCUUCAUUGUGAUUCCCAACGGCCUCGGAACAUUAUCGGCCGUUUUGCAGCUCGUCCUCUACGCCGCCUUUUACAGAUCCACUCAGCGCCAAAUUGCCGAAAGAAAAGCCCAAAUUGGCCUCUCCGAGAUCGUUGUCGACGGCGGCUCCCUGCCAAACAAGGCCACCAGAGGCGGAGAUGCAACUACCCCUGUUUCUCAGACGACGCCGCCUCACAAAAAGUGAUCGGACGGUGGCGGCCGGUGACCGGAAAAUCCGUCAAACCCAAUUCAUAAUAAAA